AUGACCCAACAACUCUUCCAUAAAGGAAUGUUCACAAACAGCCCAAGAUUAAGCUCCUUUAGUGGAGCAACUAAUCAAGGGAACAUCGAACUGGCAGAUAAAACAGAUAAAGAAUCCGAAGAACAGCUGUUCACAGAAGUGUACUGCGGCAAAAGACAAAGAUCCAGUUCAGAUGCAGUUAUGCGCAAUCAAAAGCAGGCAAAAUUGAACUACUGGCUUGCAACACCAGCAGUACCAACAUCCAAUCGUUCAAAGGGCUCGAAGUUAUAG